AUGACGAGAUGCAUCUCAUGGGAAGAUAAGGGGAAGGCGAAAGCAACUGACUACGCACCACCGAGGAUACGAGUCAAAGCUCCAAACCUGGACACAUCAAACCUCAUCCAAAAACACAAGCUCACGUUGGUAGGGAGAGUCACAAACCCCCGGGAACAGAGAAUUGGCGUGAUGAUACCCUAUCUCAUCAGGAAAUGGAGCCUGAAAGGAAAUGUAACCGGAUCAGAUCUGGGGAGAGACUGCUUCCAAUUCAUGUUCGAGCUCGCUGAAGACCUAGAGAAGAUCCUGGCAAACCGCCCACACCACUACGAACACUGGAUGCUCAUAAUACAAAGAUGGGAACCGAUCAUCUCACCAACGUUUCCGGCCUACAUACCGUUCUGGAUCGAACUUAAAGGGAUCCCACUACACUACUGGCAGAGAGAUCUACUAGACAGCAUUGGAGAAGAGCUGGGAGGAAUGAUAAAGUACGAACUCACCUCUACAACGGCAAGGAUAAAGGUUCAUAUCAAUGGUCUCCAACCCCUGGUGAAAGAAUCAGUCAUAGAGUAUGCAAGUGGAGAGGAGUCCAUAGUAGCCCUGGAGUACGAAAAGCUUGAAAACCACUGUCGUCGCUGGCACAGGCUUACGCAUGACACCUACAACUGCAAAGAAGUCCUACCCACAGAACCGGAGACGAGGGUUAGCGAGCCUGAAGAGCGAGAGAGGUACUCUGACAAAAACCACAAAGGCGACUAUGGAAGAGACAGAGAGUUUACCCGAAGAUACGACCGGCAUGGAAACCCUUUUGGAGAUAGGACCUCCUCCCAGAGAGCUAGAGAAGGAGAAACACGGGGGGACUCUAACAAAAACCCGGCGGACCAGCGCGGGGGGACAAGGUAUCAAUGGAGGGAAAAGACGCCACCUCGCUCCCCACGCAAUCGUGCAGAUCUGAGACAAGUCCUGCGAAACAGAGAAGAAGAACGCAGGAAGCGGGGGUCGCAAAAGCAGAUCUGGAGAGAAAAGGAAAGAGGUCUGGAGAAGUCCCCACGGGAGAGGGAGACAUCCAGAACAGCAUCAUCAGCAGAUACAAACCCACCGCCACUGGAGAGAACGCUGGACUUUACAGGGAUCCCGACAUCCUCACAAGUACCCACAGAGGAUGAAGUGAUGGCAGACUUACAAGAGGUAACUGCCAGGUAUGUAAACUGCGGAGAUCCGAUAGAGAGCGAGGCACGCAGACAAAGAGUACUCCAAGGUGAAAUGGAGGGACUUAUGGCGACUACAGCAGCAAGAAUAGUAGCAGCAGCAAGCGAAGAGAGGAGCCCACCACCAGCACCGGCACCAAAGAAGAGAGGAAGACCUCCAUUAGUGAGGAAAUCUGUGGGAAAGAGCCCGAUGAGCUUUAAGGGAGCAAGUUCAAUGAAAAGAAGAAUAAACCAGAUUCAGAACUCACCACGCAGACAAACGGCGCAGCGCAUACAUAAUAACAACUUACGAGCGUCUGCAAGCGGCACAAGUACAUUACGCCCGCAACCAGCAUCGGGGAAUCCAACAAACACAGCGCAAAUAAAGACGUCGCAAUUUUGCGACGAAGCUGUCGUUGCAAGUCAGUUCCCGCUCCCGUUCCGUCCACUUGAGCGGCCACCUGAACGGCCACGAGAACCAGCUGAACCCGAACACGGCCUCGGACUGGAGCUUCCUCCACCCAUCAGGCAGAGAGGAGAAGUUGAGGUCUUCUGCUUUCGGAGGCGGUCCGCGGCAGUAGGUGGCGGCGGAGAGAGCUCAACAGAGAAAAGGAAACGCAGGCACAGAGAUCUCGGCGGAAAGAGCUCGGCGGAAGAGAGGAAACUGAGGAGGAGGAGAGAGAUCGGAGGAGAAGAAGAAGUCGGCGGUAGAGAGAGGUCGGCGGAGAAGAGGAAACAGAGGCGGAGAGAGAUUGGAGGAGAAGAAGAAGUCGGCAGCGGAGAAAGCUCGGAGGAGAAGAGGAACGGAGGCGGAGGGUGUCGCAAUUUCCUCGCAAUUUUGCGACGAACACAGGGUGUCGCAGAGGCGUUGCAAUUUUGUGACGGAUUUGCGACUAUUGUCGCUGUCGUCACAAAAUAG